CCGGAGCCCGGCCCGCGACCCGGCGGCAUCGCGGAGGCCGCCCCGCCUGGGAGAAGUCGGAGUUGGGGUGCUAGAGGAGGGAGCAGCCCCGAAUCCGAGAGCGGGCUUUUCCCCUUUCUCUUUGCUCGCCCCUCGCCUUCCGGGCGCGCCUCCGGGAUCGGACUUGGACAGCAGGCGAGAAGGAAGGGGUCGCCAGCGCUGCCCCUCCCGGGCAUCUACCAGCCCCGGGCCGGGGCCGCGUGGACAGUCUCCCCGGACGAAGCCGCGGGGUCCCAGGCCCCCACCCAGGAUUAUAAAACAGUGCGGAGGACCCCCCACCCGAGGCUGGUCAUCAUGUGGGGGCUGCUGGUCUGGACUCUGCUGGCCCUUCACCGGAUCCGCGCGACCGGAGCCCAAGAUGAUGUGGCCCCCUAUUUCAAGACGGAGCCGGUGCGAACGCAGGUGCACUUGGAGGGGAACCGCCUGGUGCUCACGUGCAUGGCCGAGGGCAGCUGGCCGCUGGAAUUCAAGUGGCUCCACAACAGCAGGGAGCUGACCAAGUUCUCGCUGGAGUACAGGUACAUGAUCACCAGCCUGGACCGCACCCACGCGGGCUUCUACCGCUGCAUCGUGCGUAACCGGAUGGGCGCCCUGCUGCAGCGGCAAACCGAGGUCCAGGUGGCCUACAUGGGGAGCUUUGAGGAAGGCGAGAAGUACCAGAGUGUCUCCCACGGAGAAGCAGCCGUCAUCCGCGCCCCACGCAUCGCCAGCUUCCCGCGGCCACAGGUGACCUGGUUCCGGGACGGCCGCAAGAUCCCGCCCAGCAGCCGCAUAGCCAUCACCCUGGAGAACACCCUCGUCAUCCUGUCCACGGUGGCUCCCGACGCAGGCCGCUACUACGUGCAGGCUGUUAAUGACAAGAACGGGGAUAACAAGACCAGCCAGCCCAUCACUCUUGCCGUGGAGAAUGUCGGGGGACCUGCAGACCCCAUCGCCCCAACCAUCAUCAUUCCUCCCAAGAACACCAGCGUGGUGGCCGGGACCUCGGAGGUGACCAUGGAGUGCGUGGCCAACGCCAGGCCCCUGAUCAAGCUGCACAUCACCUGGAAGAAAGAUGGGGUGCCGCUGUCGGGGGGCAUCAGCGACUACAACCGCCGGCUUACCAUCCCGGGCCCCACGGGCAGUGACGCCGGCUACUACGAGUGCGAGGCCGCCCUGCGCAGCAGCAGCAUCCCCUCUGUCGUCCGUGGAGCCUACUUGUCUGUGCUGGAACCUCCCCAGUUUGUCAAGGAGCCAGACAGACACAUCACAGCAGAGAUGGAGAAAGUGAUGGACAUUCCCUGUCGGGCCAAAGGUGUGCCACCGCCCUCCAUCAUCUGGUACAAGGACGCGGCCGUGGUGGAGGUGGGGAGGCUGAACCGGUUCCGGCAGCGUGGCGACGGGGGCCUGCAGAUCAGCGGGCUGGUGCCCGACGACACCGGCAUGUUCCAGUGCUUUGCCCGCAACGCGGCCGGCGAGGUGCAGACCUCUACCUACCUGGCUGUCACCAGCAUCGCCCCCAACAUCACCAGGGGCCCCUUGGACAGCACAGUGAUCGAUGGCAUGUCAGUCGUGCUGGCUUGCGAGACUUCGGGAGCGCCCCGGCCGGCCAUCACUUGGCAGAAAGGGGAGCGCAUCCUGGCCAGCGGCUCCGUCCAGCUGCCUCGAUUCACGCUGCUGGAGUCGGGCAGCCUGCUCGUCAGCCCCACGCGCAUCUCCGACGCCGGGACCUACACCUGCUUGGCCACCAACUCUCGGGGGGUCGACGAAGCCUCGGCCGACCUGGUCGUGUGGGCCCGGACCCGCAUCACCAAGCCUCCCCAGGACCAGAGUGUCAUCAAGGGCACCCAGGCCUCCAUGGUGUGCGGAGUGACCCAUGACCCCCGAGUGACCGUCAGGUACGUCUGGGAGAAGGAUGGGGCCACCCUGGGCAUGGAGAGCAACCCCCGCAUCCGUCUUGACAAAAACGGCUCCCUGCACAUCUCACAGACGUGGUCGGGGGACAUCGGCACCUACACCUGCCGGGUGCUCUCAGCCGGGGGCAAUGACUCUCGAAGUGCCCACCUGCGCGUCAGGCAGCUGCCCCACGCCCCCGAGCGCCCUGUGGCGACCCUCAGCACAGCGGAGAGGCGGGCCAUCAACCUGACGUGGGCCAAGCCCUUCGACGGCAACAGCCCCCUGCUUCGCUACGUCCUGGAGAUGUCGGAGAACAAUGCCCCCUGGACCGUGCUCCUGGCCAGCGUGGACCCCGAGGCUACCUCCGUGAUGGUCAAGGGCUUGGUGCCCGCGCGCUCCUACCAGUUCCGUCUUUGUGCCGUCAACGACGUGGGGAAGGGACAGUUCAGCAAGGACACGGAGAGGGUCUCCCUUCCCGAGGAACCCCCCACGGCCCCUCCGCAGAACGUCAUCGCCAGCGGCCGGACCAACCAGUCCAUCAUGAUCCAGUGGCAGCCGCCUCCGGAGAGCCACCAGAAUGGCCUCCUCAAGGGCUACAUCAUUAGGUACUGCCUGGCCGGGCUGCCUGUCGGGUACCAGUUCAAGAACAUCACCGAUGCCGAUGUCAACAACCUGCUGUUGGAGGACCUCAUCAUCUGGACCAACUACGAGAUCGAGGUGGCCGCCUACAACAGUGCCGGGCUGGGUGUCUACAGCAGCAAAGUCACCGAGUGGACACUGCAGGGAGUCCCCACCGUCCCUCCUGGCAACGUGCACGCAGAAGCCACCAACUCCACGACCAUCCGCUUCACCUGGAAUGCCCCCAGCCCCCAGUUCAUCAACGGCAUCAACCAGGGCUACAAGCUGAUUGCCUGGGAGCCUGAGCAGGAAGAAGAGGUUACCAUGGUGACUGCCCGGCCCAACUUUCAAGACAGCAUCCACGUGGGCUUCGUGUCUGGCCUGAAGAAGUUCACCGAGUACUUCACCUCUGUGCUGUGUUUCACCACUCCCGGAGAUGGGCCUCGGAGCACCCCGCAGCUGGUGCGCACCCAUGAGGACGUGCCUGGACCUGUGGGACACCUGAGCUUCAGUGAAAUCCUAGACACCUCGCUGAAGGUCAGCUGGCAAGAGCCAGGAGAGAAGAAUGGCAUCCUCACAGGGUACCGGAUCUCCUGGGAGGAGUAUAACCGGACCAACACCCGAGUGACCCACUAUCUACCCAACGUGACCCUGGAGUACCGCGUCACGGGCCUCACUGCGCUCACCACCUACACCAUCGAGGUGGCCGCCAUGACCGCCAAGGGCCAGGGCCAAGUGUCUGCGUCAACCAUCUCUUCCGGGGUGCCUCCAGAACUCCCAGGGGCCCCCACCAACCUGGGCAUUUCCAACAUCGGCCCCCGCUCCGUGACCUUGCAGUUCAGGCCAGGCUAUGAUGGCAAAACCUCCAUCUCCCGCUGGCUGGUAGAGGCCCAGGUAGGCGUGGUUGGGGAGGGAGAGGAGUGGCUGCUGGUUCACCAGCUCACCAACGAGCCCGACGCCCGCUCCAUGGAGGUGCCCGAGCUCAACCCCUUCACCUACUACAGCUUCCGAAUGCGCCAGGUGAACAUCGUGGGCACUAGCCCACCCAGCCAGCCUUCUAGAAAGAUCCAGACCCUCCAGGCACCCCCUGACAUGGCGCCUGCCAACGUGACCCUGCGCACAGCCAGUGAGACCAGCCUGUGGCUCCGCUGGAUGCCUCUCCCAGAGAUGGAAUACAACGGGAACCCCGAGUCGGUAGGCUACAAGAUCAAGUACAGCCGGGCAGACGGCCACGGCAAGACGCUGAGCCACGUGGUCCAGGACCGCGUGGAGCGCGAGUACACCAUCGAAGACCUGGAGGAGUGGACAGAGUACCGCGUGCAGGUCCAGGCCUUCAACGCCAUCGGGAGCGGGCCCUGGAGCCAGACGGUGAUGGGCAGGACCCGGGAGUCAGUCCCAUCCUCUGGUCCCACCAAUGUGUCUGCACUGGCCACCACCUCCAGCAGCAUGCUGGUGCGCUGGAAUGAGAUCCCCGAGGCCGACCGCAAUGGGCUCGUGCUAGGUUACAAGGUGAUGUAUAAGGAGAAGGACUCGGACUCCCAGCCCCGCUUCUGGCUGGUGGAAGGGAACUCGUCUCGCAGCGCCCAGCUCACAGGGCUGGGCAAAUACGUGCUGUACGAGGUCCAGGUGCUGGCCUUCACACGCAUCGGGGACGGCAGCCCCAGCCACCCUCCCAUCCUGGAGCGGACGCUGGAUGACGUCCCUGGACCGCCCAUGGGCAUCCUGUUCCCAGAGGUGAGGACCACAUCCGUGCGGCUGAUCUGGCAGCCCCCUGCUGCCCCCAAUGGCAUCAUUCUUGCUUACCAGGUGACACACCGGCUCAACGCCACCACGGCCAACACGGCCACAGUGGAGGUGCUCGCGCCCAGCGCCCGCCAGUACACGGCCACCGGCCUCAAGCCAGAGUCCGUCUACCUGUUCCGCAUCACUGCCCAGACCCGCAAGGGCUGGGGGGAGGCCGCCGAGGCCUUGGUGGUGACCACUGAGAAGAGAGACCGCCCACAGCCCCCCAGUAAGCCGGUGGUACAGCAGGAGGACGUGAAGGCCCGCAGCGUGCUGCUGUCCUGGGAGCCGGGAAGCGACGGGCUGUCCCCUGUGCGCUAUUACACUGUCCAGACCCGCGAGCUGCCCAGUGGCAGGUGGGCGUUGCACUCAGCCUCCGUGAGCCACAACGCCUCUGCUUUCGUGGUGGACAGACUCAAGCCCUUCACAUCCUACAAGUUCCGAGUGAAGGCGACCAAUGACAUUGGGGACAGCGAGUUCAGCGAGGAGUCGGAGCCGCUGACCACUCUGCAGGCCGCCCCCGAUGAGGCUCCCACCAUUGUCUCGGUGACACCCCACACCACCACCUCCGUGCUGAUCCGAUGGCAGCCACCAGCAGAGGACAAGAUCAACGGCAUCCUGCUGGGCUUCCGGAUCCGGUACCGGGAGCUGCUCUACGAGGGGCUGAGGGGCUUCACACUUCGGGGCAUCAACAACCCAGGGGCCAAGUGGGCGGAACUUACCUCCAUGUACUCCAUGCGGAACCUGAGCCGGCCCAGCCUCACACAGUACGAGCUGGACAACCUGAACAAACACCGGCGAUAUGAGAUACGGAUGAGUGUGUACAAUGCCGUGGGUGAGGGGCCCUCGAGCCCCCCCCAGGAAGUCUUUGUCGGGGAAGCAGUGCCCACGGCAGCGCCCCGCAACGUGGCUGUCCACGGCGCCACGGCCACGCAGCUGGACGUGACAUGGGAGCCACCGCCACUGGAGAGCCAGAAUGGAGACAUCCAGGGUUACAAGAUUUAUUUCUGGGAAGCUCAAGCCCAGUGGCGCAACGUCACCGAGCGGGUGAAGACGCUUUUCCUGGCCGAGAACGGCGUAAGGCUCAAGAAUCUGACCGGCUACACCGCCUACAUGGUCAGCGUGGCGGCCUUCAACGCGGCGGGAGAUGGGCCUCGGAGUACCCCCACCCGGGGCCAGACCCAGCAAGCAGCCCCCAGUGCUCCCAGCUCGGUCAAGUUCAGCGAGCUGACCACAACCUCAGUGAACGUGUCCUGGGAGGCCCCACAGUUCCCCAACGGCAUCCUGGAGGGCUACCGGCUGGUGUAUGAGCCCUGUACCCCGGUGGAUGGUGUCAGUAAGAUUGUGACAGUGGACGUGAAGGGGAACAGCCCUCUGUGGCUGAAGGUGAAGGACCUGGCAGAGGGGAUGACCUACAGGUUCCGCAUCAGAGCCAAGACCUUCACCUACGGGCCGGAGAUCGAAGCCAACGUCACCACGGGCCCCGGAGAAGGUGCCCCGGGGCCACCUGGAGUGCCCAUCAUCGUGCGGUACAGCUCCGCCAUCGCCAUCCACUGGUCCAGCGGAGACCCCGGCAAAGGGCCCAUCACCCGCUACGUCAUAGAGGCCAGGCCAUCAGACGAGGGGCUAUGGGACAUCCUCAUCAAAGACAUCCCCAAGGAGGUGACCUCCUACACGUUCAGCAUGGACAUCCUGAAGCCGGGCGUGAGCUAUGACUUCCGGGUCAUCGCCGUCAACGACUACGGCUUCGGCACCCCCAGCAGCCCCUCCCAGUCUGUGCCAGCUCAGAAAGCCAACCCGUUCUACGAGGAGUGGUGGUUCCUGGUGGUCAUUGCCCUCGUCGGCCUCAUCUUCAUCCUGCUGCUGGUAUUCGUGCUCAUCAUCCGGGGCCAGAGCAAGAAGUAUGCCAAGAAGACCGACUCUGGGAACAAUGCCAAGUCUGGUGCCCUGGGCCAUGGGGAGAUGAUGAGCUUGGACGAAAGCAGUUUCCCCGCCCUGGAACUCAACAACCGGAGGCUCUCCGUCAAGAACUCCUUCUGCCGGAAGAACGGCCUGUACACCAGAUCUCCUCCCCGGCCCAGCCCGGGCAGCCUCCACUACUCCGACGAGGACGUGACCAAGUACAACGACCUCAUCCCGGCAGAGAGCAGCAGCCUGACCGAGAAGCCCUCAGAAAUCUCCGACUCUCAGGGAAGCGACAGUGAGUACGAGGCCGACCCGACCCACCAGAAGGCCCACUCUUUCGUCAACCACUACAUCAGCGACCCCACCUACUACAACUCGUGGCGGAGGCAGCAGAAGGGGAUCUCGCGGGCCCAGGCGUACAGCUACACGGAGAGCGACUCGGGCGAGCCGGACCACACCACCAUCGCCAACAGCAGCAGCGCCCAGCAGGGCGGCCUCUUCCGGCCCAAGGCCAGUCGGACCCCAACGCCCCAAAACCCCCCGAACCCCCCGAGUCAGCAGAGCACCCUCUACCGCCCCCCCAGCAGCCUCACCCCCGGCCCCCGGGCUCCUAUAGCAGGAUUUUCAUCGUUUGUUUGACGUCGGAAGGGGGAAAAGAAAGAAAGAGAAAAGCAAAACAAAACAAAACAGCACCAAACUCCCCAUCCGCCCCUCCCCGCACUGCCUGCCAGAAAACAAAAACACCGAGAAACCAAGUCAACUUUUCACCUCCUGAGUUUAUUUUUCCAGAGAUUCCAGGGCCAGCAAAGACGGUGUUGAGAAGGAGGAGAAGAAAACCACUGGAGGAGGACGUGUGUGUGUGUGUGUGUGUGUGUGUGUGUGUGUGGCCCACAGUUGGUCAGCUCCAGAUUGUAGGGUUCCCUGGGCCUUUACGGACUUCGCAGAGUCGGGCUGCAGGGGCCCAGCCUGGGCUGAGGCGGGACAGAGGGAGGGAGAGAAAGCUAAGGCCCGGAGAGCUGUAAGGCAGUGUGCUCAGGGGGCGAGAAGCUUCUGGAAGUCCUGACAGCUGCCUCUUCCGCCAGUGCGGGGGGGGCCCUGGGCCCACUGCUAGAUGAUGAUGCGCAAGGCUGGGCGCCCCUGAGGGCAAAGCUCACCUUCUCUCCCCCCCCACACACACACCCCUCCCAGCCCUCCCCCUGCAUCGCUGACAGGCCUCUGGGGGUUCAAUCCGUCCCCCUGGCCUGCUCCUCACGCUCCCCUCCCUUGUUCAACUUCUCCACCAAGCGUUUGGUUUAUUUAGAAAAAGGAAAACAACUGAGGGGUGAGAGUCUGCCUAGCUAGUUCCUUGUUUCUUACAUACGCUUUUUAUUGUGACUCCAAGGAAGAGGGCCCCAGGGUGGGGAGAGGCCCCCACACCACCACUGAACCCGGCCGUUGCUUGACUUGAAUUCACUUUCCUGAGCACAGACCAGGAGAGCUGAACCCGGGGAACAGAGUACAGGGCACUGACCGGGCAUCGCUGGGAUAAUUGGGCAUAACGCAGGAAGUCGAGAAUGUAAGAAGGAAGCUUAACUUCCCUCUUCCUUCCAAUUUAGGUACCACCAGCACCCUCCUUAAAGCAAGAGGGAAAGGAAGGCGCUUAGAUAAGGAAGUUCAGCAUGCACCGGCUGGGGAGCUAGGCAGGGGUGAGGGAUGGCCAUCUAGGCAGACACACCCCUGUCCCUGGACACACCCCUUCCUCCUGAGACGGGCACGUACACACAAGUCCCCUAUGCACUUGCAAGGAGAAGGGUCUAAGGAUCCUCUCCCAAGAGAAAUCCCUUUGGGUCCUAGCCAGUCGGGACACUCACUUCCAGAUGUGUGUCCCUGUCGCUCUCAACCCAGAGUGAUCCCCGUCUAAAGCACCCCCAGUCCCAAGCACAGGGGCACGGAAGCCCAGAGGAGUGGGCCAGGCCCCUGGUCUAGAGGCCAGAGCUCCCAGAAUCUACCCUGUCUGCCCAGCACCUGGUUUACAAAGAGUCAAAGACCCAACCCCAGGGUAUGUGUUCCAGGCCGGCCUCAGCCUAGCCAGGGCUCGGAGCAAGGAGGGGCCCCAUCCAAACUUCACACAGCUCCCAAGAUGCACAGCCAGGCCGGCCAGGAGGAGCAGGUCAGAUGGGACCAAGGACAAGAAUAGCUGACAGGAAGCAAAGCUUUUACACACACACAAUCUGCUCUAAGGAAUGUUCUUUUAAAAAGCCACUUCUAGUGGCCUGAAUCUUCCUUUCAGCCCCAGGAUGAAGGGAUUGAGGGAGGAACCGUUCUGUCGAAUUCCCCGAGUGCCCCCAGCUGGCCCAGCCGCGUGGUUUUGGGUGGGCAGCAGCCUCUGGGAGAGGAGGUGGUCCGGCAGGAAGACACCGGGUGCGGCGUGGGGCCCCUUAGUGGGCCGAAUGCAGGCCCCAUCUUGGGGGUGAGGAAAACAGAGGAGGUCUGAAAGGGGGAUUUGGGAAGCAAGCCAAGGAAAGCGAGGCUCUGCACCUGGCCCCACGGGCCCCCCACUCAGGUGAGGGGGAUGGGAGCAGGGCCAGGGGCCUGAGGGGAGGACAUACCUCCCAGACCCUCGGGAGCGCUGGCAGGUGUCUCCGCAGACGGGGCCCAGACGCCGGCUUCUCCACCGGGGUGUCUUGGGAGGGAAGCACCCCCACGAGGACACAGGCCUGAGGUCUGCCCUGUACACAUCUGGUGUCUCCAUGGCAACACAUCCGCAGCCACCCGCCUGUGAUCUCCCCUCGCUGCCUCCUUUUCAUCUCAUCUUUUUUUAACAACCUCAUCCCUUUCCUUAUCUGCUGUGCGUUUAGCCAUUUGCGGAAGUUCCCAGUUUGCAGUAGGGAAUUCAUGUAGCCCAGCCCAGUGAGGAAUCUGGGGGGGGGGGGGGGGAGGAGCAGGACGCGUGAAGCCGUGUGUGUGCGUGUGUGUGUGCGCGAGGCCAGAUUUCCUUUGCCUUUCACAGACUGCCUAGUGCACCGAGAUGUGCGCCCUCCCCCUCCCCACGCGCUCACUCACCCCCACGCCGACACACCCACGCACACUUAGCACAGGGCCAUGCACGCCUGGGCUCACUCACAUGCACACACAGAUAUGCACGGAUGUGUGUUCGCAAACAGGCUUGCAAUUCCUUCUGGUGGCUCGUCGGUCCUUUGUGAGGCACAGGGAGCCGGGGUCACUCCCGCUCGAACGUGGGAGUCUGAGAGGGCACUGGCGAGGACGCUGUGUGAGCCGGAAGGCAGGCUGUGCCCAACGUGAAAAUCCAGCCCUGAGUUCAUAUCCACCCACCCAAAAUGUUGCCCCACUGCCCCAUCCACAUCUGGAAGCCCAGGUCUCCACGACAGAACUCUAGAUUUCUCAGAGGACACCUCUGCCCUCAUUUACAUAUCUGCCGGGGCAGUGGAGGCUCCUGACCCCUGACCAGACACCCGGUCGCAUUAGGAUGUGCCGGGCACUGCCCGUAGGUAACAGGGAACCUCCCCGACCUCUGGGCUCCUGGGCGGACGAUGCCAGGGCCCCUGUCUCUGUGACCACCUGAAGCAGGUUGACACAAGGACACCUCUGUGUCCUCUGGCUCUGCCUCGUCAUGCCCUCGGGAAAUCUGGUGUUGCACCCAGCAGCCCACGCUGGGCACACCAGCACUGCCCUUCCCCCUCGUGGCCACGCCCCCUGCGUGCACACCAGCUCCUCGCCCAGACUGCCAAGAUGAACCAAAAAGCUGCUCGGCUUCCAGAGCGCCUUUCUCCCAGGGCCCCAGGGGGUUUGCAAACCCAGGCCGCCCGUCCUGUCCCCUCACCUGACACUGCCCCAAUUCAGAGGAAGCAGGGACACUUCCAGCUGCCCCGCCCAGAGCACGCUGUCUCGAGGCCUUCUGUCUCUGCCCACACCUCCCUGGGCAGAGCGUUCAAAGGUGCCAGAGCCUCCCAGAGCCCACUCUGGGCAGGGGCUUCCUUCCCCUCCCCGUGGUGCACGUGGUGUGAGGGGCUGGAGGACCCGAGCGGGGAGGGGGACCCGCCCCCAGCAGCAGCCACCUGAUCUGAGUGCCUCUGUAUGGUCCUGCCCAGUGGCAACCUUGGCCGCCACCCGGAGCACAGAUGCCCUCCUGGGACCACCCCCCUUCUCUUUGUUUCCGUAAGAAUAACCAAAAGCAUUUAAACGUGUUACCUUUCUUUACACAUACAGACUCCAAAAACAAAAACCAACACAAAUCUUUAUUUUUUUGAUUUAAAAGAUAUAAUGAAGAACUGUGGGGAGAAUAUUCAUCGUGGCAGGUGUCUAUCUGUAAGAAAAAAUAUAUAUCUAUAUGUCAUAUAGCUUGUUAGCAGGUUUAUUUUUUAAAUGAAAGGUAAAAAAAGAAAUUGAUUUGAAAUAUAUACCACGAGAUGUCCCAUGGCCUGUCAAACUUGUCGGUAUUUUAUAAAUAAACUUUUUUUUUUUGGA